CACAAAGUCAAAUCGCUAGCAGGUCCCGGGCACUGUAACCGAUACCAAUUCCCUCCUGAGAGCUGGCCUAUUGAAGCUGUCCAUUGCGAUACCUCGGGGCUCAUAGCGACAUUCCAGUUCCAGAAUAUACGACUACUGGUAACGUAUUCUCGUCGGUCGCACUGUUCUGGUCCUAACAUAUCAUAGUGCUUCCUCCUAUAACGACGUCGGGAUGCCGUUCAUUCCUAUGAGCGAAGCGCCUGGCUGGCCACUGUCAAAAGUGUGGAAGCCAGCCGGUUCUCCUCAACCUGACCUAAACACCGCCAGCAAGGCUAAAAUACUGUUCCAGCUGGGCGGUAUUACCUGGAAGCUUUCGCAGUUGCGUUUCGAUAAAAUCGGGUCACUCUGUAAAGACACUCCAUCUUUCGAAAUCAAGGACUGUUUUUCACGUGGUCACAUGUUACAUGAACGAUAUUCGUUGGAGAUGUCACGGAGACCUUUUGUUUCAGAAACAGAGUUCUAUGACAGCCUUCUUUGUGCGUUCUCGGGGCAGCACGUCUUACAACAACGAUGUUCGCCUCACUAUAUUCGACUUUAUAAUGAAGUUCAACGGGACGACCGACCUGUUUCGAAAGUUGCAAAGGAUGAAAAAGACUAUUUUCGGGACAACGAUUUCAGAAAAACAAUAGCCAAGCUGACGCUCGUGUCCUAAUGGAAAGCACAAUAUACCGACAAUCAACUUAGACUUCGAAAAGAUCUGUUUGUCGCUUCACCCCAGUUAUGGAAGUGGAUUCAACAGUUUGUGCGGGACUGGGGGGACAUGUCUUGAGUCUACACCAGAAAUUUAUGUGUCAAU